CUCAUUUAUGAUUUCUAGUGGACUGACCCCACCUUUGACCGUACAAACGGAAGCCUCUCAUUUGGCUUUUUCUCAGCCGUAAUUCUCACUUCUCAGUUCUCACUCACUCAUCCCUUUAUACUGAAAAAACCAAAAAAAAAAAAAAUUUACUCUUUCACUCUCUCAAUUUAAAUUACAUUUUCUGCUCUCACAACUCCACAAUUUUGCCUAUUGCAAAACUCUAAUUGCUUCUGGCCUACGACAAUCAUUUUUUUGAACAUCCAAGUUUGAUUAUGAAGCAAGAUACUUGUCAUAAUCGUCAAUGCUCGUUCGUCAGAGUUCAACGACCAAAAGCGCAUUGGAGUAGUCAUUUGUAAUAGUUGUGGUAUAUAUCAUAUAGAGUUGUGUUCUGGGGUUUUUGUGAACCUAACCACUUACAGUAUUUUUUCUUGGUAAUACCUCAGAUUUAGGUUUGCAGUAAAAGACUAAAAGAUAUAGUUUGUAUUAGUUUCAUUGUUUUACUUUCAAUGCCUCUCAUAUUUUUCACGAUUCUCUAUCUUUUAUGCUGUUGCUGUUAUUGCUUUCUUGGGGCAGUAGCAAUAGAAUUGCCAGGAUCCCACUCCCGUUUUCGGUCCCAUUCAGAAGUAGUGAAUGUAUGGCCGAAGCCUACGAAGUUGCAGUGGGCGCAACCAAAGGUCGCCUUCCUUUCAGCUGAUUUCACCAUCAAAGGUCCCAAAUACCACCGCCACUUGGCGGCUGCCACUGACCGAUACCUGGAGCUAGUCCGAUCAGAGCACCACAUGCCGUUAGUAAACCCAAACGUAGCGGUAUCAGCCUCCCUCACUUUAGCAGUCCUGAAAAUCAAAGUGGAUAACCUCACAGCUACCCUGCAGCAUGGGGUUGACGAGUCCUACAACCUAACCAUACCUACUGCUGGCACAGGCCCCGCUGUUCUGUCUUCUAAGACGCCAUGGGGGGCCAUGAGGGGUCUUGAGACAUUCUCUCAGUUGGUGUGGGUGGAAGGAGGUGGUGGUGCUCAUCAGUUUCAGAGUGAUAGUCAGAGUCAUAGUCACAGACAUAGACAGCCCAAACUUUUGAUACCAGUGGGUUUGGACAUCUGGGAUUCCCCUAUUUUUGGGCACCGCGGCUUGAUGUUGGAUACCUCCCGGAAUUACUACGGGGUGGAGGACAUUCUCAGAACCAUUUCAGCAAUGAGUUGGAACAAGCUCAAUGUCUUCCACUGGCACAUUACCGAUUCCCAUUCCUUUCCUCUGCUUUUGCCGUCUGACCCUGAACUUGCCAUUAAAGGAUCUUAUGGUCCCUUUAUGCUGUACACUCCUGCCGAUGUCACCAGGAUUGUCCAAUUUGGUUUGGAUCACGGCGUCAGGGUCAUUCCGGAGAUCGAUUCUCCAGCACAUACAGGGUCAUGGGCUGGGGCUCACCCAGAGAUAGUGACAUGUGCAGGCAUGUUCUGGUGGCCAGCAGGGUCAGAGUGGGCAGAUAGGCUUGCAUCCGAACCUGGAAGUGGUCAGCUUAAUCCACUCCACCCUAAGACCUAUGAAGUCAUGAAAAAGAUGAUCAGGGACGUGGUCUCUCUUUUCCCUGACCCUUUUUAUCACAGUGGCGGAGAUGAGGUCACCCCCGGAUGCUGGACUACGGACCCCACCAUCCAAGCAUUCCUAUCCAACACCAGCAGCACUCGCAAUCAGAGUAGGAAUGGACUUUCCGACCUCCUCCAAAUAUUUGUCAACUCUACCCUCCCUUAUGUCAUCUCUCACAACAAGACCUCUAUUUACUGGGAAGAUGUUCUCCUAGAUGCCAGCGUGAGGGUGGACCCUUCUAUUCUUCCCCGUGACCACACCAUAUUACAGACUUGGAAUGGUGGUCCCGGAAACACAAAACGCAUAGUUUCCUCUGGCUAUAGGGCUAUUGUUUCCUCCUCUGACUACUAUUACCUGGAUUGUGGCCAUGGCAGCUUCGUGGGGAAUGACAGCCAAUAUGAUCAGCCUCCUGGGACUGAUCAGGGGAAUGGCGGAUCAUGGUGUGCCCCUUUCAAGACGUGGCAGCUCAUCUACAACUACGACAUUACCUAUGGCCUCACUCAAGAGGAGAAGAGCUUGGUUUUGGGUGGGGAGGUAGCACUUUGGUCCGAGCAAGCUGACCCAACUGUCCUUGAUUCGAGGUUGUGGCCUCGAGCUUCUGCAUUAGCUGAGGCUCUCUGGUCUGGAAACCGGGAUGACACCGGCAAGAAGAGGUAUGCAGAGGCCACAGAUAGGUUGAAUGAGUGGAGGUAUAGGAUGGUGGGCAGAGGAGUAAGGGCAGAGCCCAUUCAACCCCUCUGGUGUGUCAGAAAUCCUGGCAUGUGCAAUACUGUUCAUUCUAGCGGUUAAUACUGUUAGGGAUUUGUCAUCCCUGAUAUCCUCCUCCAAUGGAAGAAAAAAAGUCACCCGUCAUAGUUACAUGCUACUAUAGUUUAUUUAUUAUCUCAAUACUAGUUCCGAAAUUUGUAACCCAUCAGCUAAAUGGGGUUCUCUAGCAUAGUUGCUAUCUCAGAAAAUUGAGUUCAAUUGCAUACUCACCGAGUGAAAUAGCCACUUGAUUGCCAGGUAUCGUUCGUCAUCAUCUGUGCAUGUGUUUUUCUUUUCUAUUUUUUUAGGUGUCCUUAUAAUAUUAUGCAAUUUUGUUUGAGGUUCUUUUCUAUUUUUUGAGGUAUCCUUUUAAUCUUAUGCAA